CGGACCUCCCGGCCUCCAGGGGCCGCUGUGGGCGGCCGGGAGGGGCCGGGCGCCAUGGUGGCGGCGGGGAAGGAGGAAGAGGAGGUGGCGGCGGGGGUGGCGGCAGCAUGAACGCGCCUCCGGCCUUCGAGUCCUUCCUCCUCUUCGAGGGAGAGAAGAAGAUCACCAUCAACAAGGACACGAAGGUGCCCAACGCCUGCCUCUUCACCAUCAACAAGGAGGACCACACGCUGGGGAACAUCAUCAAGUCGCAGUUGCUGAAAGACCCUCAGGUGUUAUUUGCAGGGUACAAGGUCCCACACCCACUGGAGCACAAAAUCAUCAUCCGUGUCCAAACCACCCCUGAUUACAGCCCCCAGGAAGCUUUCACCAACGCCAUCACGGAUCUGAUCAGCGAGCUGUCCCUCCUGGAGGAGAGAUUCAGGGUUGCCAUCAAAGACAAACAGGAAGGAAUUGAGUGAAAUCCUCACAUUUAGAGUGGACUGAACUUCUGAUGAAGAAUGGUGUGUCCGUUAGUUGAGUGCUUUAUUUAAACCUCAUUCAUGGCAAGUGUUCCCCUGCUUGCCCCACUUAUUUUUAAUUUUUCACAGCUGCAGAAAUAUUUUGAGGGGGUUUUGUACCUGACAGGCAGUUUGCCAAGAGGAUGAAAGUGUUUGAUUUGAUGAUAAUUCAUUAAAAUGAUUUCUGUUUUUCUAAUUGGA